GCUUGACCAUGGUGUGGAAGGAUUGCCAUUUUAUUCCCAUUAUCUUCCAGUUGCUCCCAUUCUUCAAGAUGGACCACAAUGCGGCCUUGUAGCAGUUACCAUGGCAAUGCAUCAGUUAGAGAUUCGGCCAAAUGUAACAGUGGAUGAAAUAUUUUCCAGAGCUAAAGAGUUAGGCUUUACUAACAAUGGGGAGAUGUAUUCAGUUAGAGAUAUGGUGAGCCUGGUGAGAGACUUGGGAGCAGAAGCUAAGAUGAGUAGCAAUAUGAAUGACAACAGGGAGCUAUUCUGUGAACAUCUGAAGCAAUGUGGAGCUAUUCUUGUGCCAUAUGAUUCUGAUAGAAACCAUGAACCAUGCUGCAAACGUGGCCACAAGGCACACUGGGCCAUUGUAACAGGUUUCCUUUUGGUCCCUAAAGAAUACUCAGUGGAGGAAGGCAACUCUCAGUCCCUAAUAGAUACAUGUAAUACUUCCCAGUAUAAACAAGACGGACAGCUACCGUAUCUACAAGAUGGAGAACUACCGUAUCUACAUCACUAUAGAAAUACUUAUUACAAAAUGGUAGACCAAUGCAGUCAAGAUAUUUCAAAGGUGCCCAAUCAAGAUGCUGAAACUUCAGAUAAGCAUAUUGCUGUAGUUAACGAAACUAUUAAAACUAAUUGUAUGCGUGAUACUUUUGACAACACUAAACAUGCAUUAAAAAUCUCUGACUGUAAUCCAAGGGCAAAGCACAGUGAGGAACAAUCGAAACACCAAAGUUUUAACAUCAAUUAUGAAAACUUUCAAGUCUAUGUAUAUGCUAGACAAGGGAAAAGUCAACACCUGGCUCUCUGGGAAUAUGAUGCCCUAGCAGAGAGCAAUUCUCAACUUGUUGAACUAGGGCCCGACCGUGAGAUAGAUGACAAUACUUAUAUCCUAUCUGAGGGGUCUGUUAAAGAGGGUUUGUGCAAUAAGUUUGUUAGUCUAAAUGGAUGAUGAUAUUGAAAUAUAAGUGUGUGGUUUUUAAUAUGA